ACAUCCUUAAAUAUGGUGGUGACAUGUGUUUUAUAUUAUAUUACAUAUUGAAAGGGGAAUUGAAUAAAUGCCAUGGUGGCCAGAUAUUCUCACUGCGUUGCUGUGCUGAGCCAGACAUGUUGGCACGGACAGAAGGAAAGCCUUUGGAUGGUUUUAGCUCUCAUUCCUUCCCAUGAAGCAGUGAUUCAAAGUACCCGGGCCAUUCAGAGUUGCACCGUGCUGUGUCUGAUUGUUUAGAACAGGGUCUUGGUUCAAGUUCAAAAUACUUUAUUGUCCCCCAAUGGGGCAAUUUGUUGUGCAGUAAUUAGUAUACAAAUCCAAGUCAACAAGUUGUUAUUUAGGUGUUAUGGGUGUUAUUUACGGUUCUUUAUAGAAUUUAGAAGUAGAGGGAACAAAAGAGUGUAUAUCUGUUGGUUUUGAGUCGUGGGAGUUUAAAGUGUGAUCCGGGUGGCAACAUCUGAAAUUCAGCCUGUAAGGGAUGAGAACUAUUUCACAGGAUAGAUUCAACCCUUUUUAGCAUCUGAUUCUGAUAAAGUUCCUCCUGGCCUUUCUGUUUAGAACCUGUGAUACGGCUGCUCACCUUAAUUAACUUGGAAAGGGAGUUUUUUAGUUUUACAGUGAUAGACCCACACCGGCAGAUUAAGGAGAAGGUGACAACUGACUCAACAAAGGACCUAUGGAAAAGGGUCAUCAGGGUCAGCGAGCCACCGGAGACGGGCCCGUGGCGGAGGCGGCCCCGGAGGAGAGCGAGCUGGGGGCCCGGCUGAGCGGCUCCUACCUGAAGGCCCUGGAGGGGUUCCUCAUGGUGCUGUCGGAGGACGGAGACAUGAUCUACCUCUCAGAGAACGUCCACAAGUGCCUGGGCCUGGCACAGUUUGACCUGACCGGGCAGAGCGUGUUCGACUACACGCAUCCGUGUGACCAGGAGGAGUUGAGAGAGAUGUUGGUCCACAAAACAGGCUCCAAGAAGACCAAGGAACCCAGCACCGAGCGCACCUUCUUCCUCCGCAUGAAGUGCACCCUCACUAGCAGGGGGCGCACCGUCAACGUCAAGUCGGCCACCUGGAAGGUGCUCCGGUGCUCCGGCCACGUGCGCGUGUUCAAACCCCCUGCGGAGGAGGAGAAGGCCCCACCCUCCAGGCCCCCGGUGCCCUACCUGGUGCUGAUCUGUGACCCCAUCCCGCACCCCUCCAACAUCGAGGUGCCCCUGGACACCAAGACCUUCCUGAGCCGACACACGCUGGACAUGAAGUUCACCUACUGCGACGAGAGGAUAACGGAGUUGAUGGGCUACGACCCGGAACACCUGAUGAACCGCUCUGUGUACGAGUACUACCACGCCCUGGACUCGGACCACCUCACCAAGACCCACCACAACCUGUUCGCCAAGGGGCAGGUCAGCACGGGGCAGUACCGCAUGCUGGCCCGGGGGGGGGGCUUUGUGUGGGUGGAGACGCAGGCCACCGUCAUCUACAACAACAAGAACUCCCAGCCGCAGUGUGUGGUCUGCGUCAACUUCGUGCUCAGCGGUAUCCAGGAGGAGAAGCUGAUCUUCUCUCUGGAGCAGACGGAGGACUUGAAGCCGGUGAAGGAGGAGAAGAAAGGGCCGCAGGAGGUAGAGGAGGAGGAGGAGCAGCAGGAGGAGGAGCAGGAGGAGGUGGAGCAGGAGGAGGUGAUGGAGACGGUGUGCCAUGCCGACGAGACUGUGGUCCAGACCGCGACUCUCCAGGCGCUGCCCAGCGAGGAGAAGCCUCCCGAGGUGGACGUUGUUCAGAUCUUCACGCAGGCCCCUGAGGGCCCGCCCCUGGUCAGCCUGUACGACCAGCUGAAGGAGGAGCCCGAGGCCCUCACCCUGCUGGCCCCGGCCGCGGGAGACACCUUCAUCUCCCUGGACUUCAGCUGCCCUGACUCCGAGAUGAACCUUCUGGAGGACGCGCCUCUCUACAACGACGUGAUGCUUCCCUCCACCAGUGAGCACUUGGCCCUGCCUCUGACCGCCCUGACCCCCAGUGAGUCCCCCCGCUCAACCCCCAGCCCCCCCGCAGAGCAAGAGGUGCCCUGCGGCCGAGCCGGCGGCCACACGCAGGCCAGCAGCCCCCCGGUGCCCGACAGCCCCCUGAACCUAGGCUUCCCCGGGGACAUGGAGCUCAGCUCGGACUUCGACCUGGUCGAGAAGCUGUUUGCCGUCGACACGAAGCCCAAGACCCCUUUCACGACCCAGGCCAUCGAGGACCUGGACCUGGAGAUGCUGGCGCCGUACAUCCCCAUGGACGACGACUUCCAGCUGCGCUCGCUGGCCCCUGACGAGCGCCUGCCCUGCGAGCCGGCGGCGGUCCGGCCGCUGGCGGCCUCCACACCGCUCCACAGCUACCUGAGCUCCCCCUCGGGCCGCGCGGGGGGCCCCGGGCCCCCGCCCAACGCGGCCCCCCUGCUCUCCAAGAGGAACCCGCAGCUGGAGAAGGAGGUGUCUCUGAAGACGCUGGCCGCCGUGAACGCCCAGCGCAAGAGGAAGCUGGGCGACGCCGCGCUGACGGAUGUCUUUGCAGCGGGGGCAUUGCUUCAGGGCCCGUGUGAGCAGGGGAAGAAGCUGAAGGUGUCGGAGGUUCCUGUGAUGCUCUCCCAUCGCUACGUCCUGCUGCUGCCGUCAGACCUGGCCAGCCUCCUCCUGGGCCCCUCCUCGGAGGGCGGCAGCCCGGCCAUCACCCUGCCCCAGCUCACCCGCUACGACUGCGAGGUCAACGCGCCCGUACAAGGGCGCCAGCUCCUGCUGCAGGGGGAGGAGCUUCUGCGAGCUCUGGACCAAGUCAACUAGGCACACGCUUAAAGCCCUCUUCCUGCCGGCCCGGACCGGACACUACGGUUUAUCCCCCCCCUUCCCUUCGCCAGCUCUACUCUCCCUUAUUUAUGUGUCUGUAUGUUGGAUAGGAGGGUGGCCGCCUGGUCCCCCGUUUCUUCAGCGUUCCACCGCGGUGAAAGACCCUCACAGGGUCUCUGGUGCAGGGUGGAGGGCCAGGGGGUGGGACAGGAGUUACUGCCAGCAGUAUAUAUUGUAAGCUUAAGUCGCACAAUUUAUAUUUUCCUAAAAAAACUAUAACCAGCAAUAUAUAUAUAUAUAUAUAUAUAUAUAUAUAUAUAUAUAUAUAUAUAUAUAUAUAUAUAUAUAUAUAUAUAUAUAUAUAUAUAUAUAUAUAUAUAUAUAUAUAUAUAUAUAUAUAUAUAUAUAUAUAUAUAUAUAUAUACACACCUUAACCGAAUGUCUUUGGUCCCCCAGUAUGAGCAUAUUGAACGUUGUAUACCAUAAAUGUUUAUCUGUGUCUGAAGCAAACACGUUUGUGUAGAUGUUCAGUUCUGUCACUUUAUUUCUUUACUGUAAGUGUGUAUUACUGUGCAUAACCAGGAAAAAAAGUAAAAUUUGGGCAGUCGCUCGAAAUUUAGAUGAGGGGCGCUUCAUUUUUCAAUCAUGUACGGUCUGCGAUUAUUUCGGUCUGCGAUUAUUUUCAUUUGAAAUUAAUAAAUCUGUAAUUUGGUAAUUUUUGCGAGUUAAAGAAACAAUAAGAGUAAGAUGGAGCUUUAAACUGCUGAUUCUCAUCCAUUUAAGGAGGCCAUGAAUUGUCAGCCGGCCAUCCGAGUUCUCAGUCCUCAGGACGGUUCUUCCCAUUCGGUCUGAACGCACCAUCGCUCCAGUCAUUUAAAGGACGCUAUGUUUGUAAAUGUUCAUUUAUUUGAAACGUGGGAUCAUGGUCUCAGUAGCAUUUGUGGCUUCUCCAACUCGUCUACUCAAUCUGAGUAGUUUAUACCGUUAGUUCAAUCUGCAGUGUGGGUCUGUCCUGUUUCUUGCCAGUGUCUAACAUUAAAUUGCUUUGUCGAAAAUA